AUGAAGCCGGCGCGCAAGCCCAUCUCUGAGCGACGGAGACUACAGAAUCGAUCGGCACAGCGAACCUUUCGUAACAAAAGACUCGAUAGUGGAAGUAGUCCUUCAGAAAUAUCGACCUCCGAAACUCUGCAUUUACAUCCCACGCCCGAUGUGCCUUCGACGGAGUGGAACAGUCAAGAGUCCCUGCUGUGGGAAAAUCGCCACAAGGAUCCCACAGCUGAAUCACUCAACUGGAGCCCGGAAAUAAGUGCCUUGGAGGAGCAGGCCUUGAGGCUGUUGGGGAGCGACGGUGGAGACUUUAGUUUCUUCAUGGACGUUCCAGCGAUUAGGAUGGACGCCUGCGGCAAAGGUCAAACCUUGGAAGUUCAUAACGGCCCACGUCUUCCACCGGAAGCCACUGCUCAAGGUACAGAGCGGAAUCUCUACUCCAGGAAGACAGCUCUUCAUCUGGCUGCAGAACGCGGGAACAAUCGAUCUCUGGAAGUACUAUUACAAGUGCCCAACGUGAUCAUCGAUGCAGAAGAUGCAGACGGCAAUACAGCUCUUCACCUGGCAGCGAAUCAUGGCCAGCUGCCGGCUGUGCAGAUACUUUUAGAGCACGGUGCCAACACUGGAAUACACAAUGUUUUUGGCUACACACCACUACACUCUGCCGCUGAGAAGGACUUUUACCUGAUUAUUCAACUACUUGUUGAAAUGGGUACGAGCACUGAAGCAAGGAUUGAUCUUGUACAUCGUUAA